AUGCGAGCGUUGGAGCACCGCCUUGUCAAGUACCUUCGAUACCUUCGUUGUCUGCGAUUUGCCAUCUCCAGUGCUUUCGUCCUGAUCUUCAACUCGAAGGUUAGCUUGGCAGACACCAGUCUGUAUUCAACGUCGCUGUUAGAUGCUGGCACUGUCGCGAUGUCUCAGAUGAAGCAGCGUUUAUCGAACAAGAGCGAUUCACUCUCAUUCUUCGUUGCCGCGUUGAGCGCGAUCCACAUUCACUUCCUGUUGGUCUUCUUCUCGUAUUAG